GUAAAUAAGAGGCUGCAAGGGUGCAUGGUUGCUAAAUUGGGUCUUCUUGGCCCAUUCAAAUGGAGGAUUGGCGAUCAAAUCCCGUCGGAACUUAUGGGAUCUAUUCAGUUGGACAUCGCGGGGAUGCCCUAUGUAUGCAAUUAGUCUGUGUAAAAUUCUUAAACGGGGACAUUUACGCUUCACUUUAUCAUAAUGGGUUUAUUUUCUUUAACGUUUUUGGGGUAAGGCUUUAUGUCCCCCCAUUUGCUUUAAGAGUAUCAUAAUGGGGACAUUUCUUUAACGUUUUUGGGGAACAUUUUCUUUGAUGUUCUUUAAUAAAACCUGGUAAAAUGUUCCCUGACAUUUACCCCACUGAUUUUGGUGGUUUGCUUACCGGGUAUAUAUAUAUAUAUAUAAAUAUAUAUAUAAAUAGAGAGAGAGAGAGAGAGAGAAAAGAUCCCAUGAGAAGUGUCAUUUAGGUUGAAAAGUGAGAAGCAUUCCGGACCAUACAAUCAACCCAUUUCAGUCGUACGAUGCUUUCCGCUCAACACAAUUAUUUCAUUAAUGGCAUAUUUGUAAUUUUCAUGAAGUAUAUACGUUUUUUGCUAAAGCCAGUUUCUGUUUCCGUCUCUCCCUCGAACUUCAAUUCUCUCCCUCGAACUUCAAUUCGAUGGCUAUGCCAUUUCAUUCAAGUUUAUGACCUAUACCUUGUAGUUAUUUCCAGCGCCGUACAAGAGGAAAGAGCAAGUUUUGUUGACGACGACUUCCCAUCGAAGACAUAUCGAAGUAUAAUGGAUCAAGUUGAUGAUGUUGAUGUUGUUGAUGUGAACUCAACUGUGAACUCAACUCCAUUCUUGAGCACUUCCUUUUCUUCUAAACAAUGGAUUCCAGCUUGCCCUCCUGAUUGUAAACCUGAUGUUGGACAGGUAUGGAGCAAAGUGAGAGCAUGGAUUGGGAUGCCUAGGCAGAUGACCACCCUGGAUAGCUCGGUGAAGUGGAUCAAGAAGGACCAUGCGGGUGCUGGAGUCAAAGCCAAAGCUGCCCGGAUUGCAUUUAUCUACACCAUAUACUGGAUAUGGAGGGUGCGGAAUGCAACCAGAUUUGAUGAUGCCAAAGCUCAUGAGGAGGAAGUUUUUGCUAGGAUCCAAUACAUGGUGUAUAAGAUCCUUUUUAGUAUCUACCCUCAUGAACUUAUUAUGUUUUGAAUUAUAAUGUGUAGUACGGCUCCUUGCCCCUUUUUGUCUGAUUUGGGAUUGAUAGUAUAGCCCACAGGUCUUGGCAUAUCCCUCGUUGGGAUAGCCCCAUUUUUGCUCCCCCUUUUUUGUGGAUGUACUUGUACAUAAACUCUUUGGAUAAUAUAUA